AUGCAACCAUAUCCGUAUGCCGGAUAUCCAAAUGCAAACGGUGCAAUAAUGCCCGUUGGUUAUAUGGUACCACAUAAUUAUCAACAAAAUGCUCCAUCAUUGGUCAACCAACCUUCUGAUCGUUAUACUGGAAAAACAUCAACAGUUCAUCCUUCUCAGUAUACAUCACAGCCAUUACGUUAUCCAUCAUAUGAUGUUCCACCUGGAUAUAGACCAGGAUAUCCUGCACCGGGUCUUCCACCACCGCCUAUAUCAACUAUGAUGCCUGCUAUGCCUCCUAAUCAAGCAUAUCAUUAUGCUCCUAAUGGAUUGAACCCUGCGGUACCACCUGGUACAAAAACACAGACAACUGUACCAAAAAAAGGUUCAAAAGGGUAUGCAAAUGAUCCAUAUAAAAUGACACCAGAUGGUACACAAAAUCAUGCAAUUAAAGGUCUUGUUUCUAAUAGUAAUAUUAGUGAUUUAUUAAAUCAUCAAGGUACAAAAGUUAAAGUAUCAAAGAUUUAUCGGAUCACAAAAACUAAACCUGAUAUCAUUAACAAUAAUUCGAGUGAUGAUGAUUUGGAAAAAUUACCACUUAAAUCAGCUCGAUCAGUAACAAACAAACCACAGCCAUCAGUACCAGUUCAACGAGCACCAUCAGCUGCAUCUAGUUGUAGUCAUUGUUCAACAUGUAGUAAUUGUUCUUGCUCAGAAUGUCUUAAUCAAGGACAAAAAAGUUUUGAUGAUAAUUGUCCUGACUGUCGUAUGGAACGGGAACAUGAACAAGCACAACGACAAAAUCGUAAAUGA